UUCACAAACACACAGUGCAACGUUAAUUUUCAUGAUUUCACACAAGCUGAAGCUGUACUGCAGCUGCUGAGGCUUUAGUAUGAACCGAUUGCACAGUGAGGCAGAAAUACUAGAUCGAAUCUAGUUCAGAUGGAUCUAGUCAUUCAACUGGUCUUGUGCAGGCUUUAAUACAACUUGGUAGUAGAAGCUACACUUGAGGAUCUUUGUGAUGCUGGACUGCAAUAACUGUGUCAUUCUGUGGCAAAGGAUCCAGAGAUGAAGAUCUGUUAAAUUCAUAACAUUUUAUCAUGUUAUGCUAUGCUGAAGCAGGACUAACUCACCACAAAUUUAGAAAUGCUUAAUCAGCGUCGCAUGAAUACUGUCCACCUACAGACAUUGGUGACGACAUAUAGGUCUGUUUGAAACCAGAAUAUUUUAUAUAAAUACACUUCUAGAGGCAAAGUUUGGUCAAGAUGUUCUCCGCUCUGAAGAAGCUGGUUGGCUCUGAGCCGACUGCUCAGGUAAAGGACAAGAACAUCCCAGCUGGUCUGCAGUCCAUGAACCAGAGUCUGCAGAGAAGGUUUGCUAAAGGGGUCCAGUACAACAUGAAGAUAGUAAUUCGGGGAGAUAGAAACACUGGAAAGAGCACUCUGUGGCAUCGGCUUCAGGGUAAGAAGUUCCAGGAAGAGUACAUUCCCACUCAGGAGAUCCAGGCUACUAGUAUCCACUGGAAUUACAAAACUACCGAUGACGUGGUAAAGGUGGAGGUGUGGGAUGUUGUGGAUAAAGGCCAAAAAAUCCCCCUUCCUGAAGGUGUAGGCAAGGGGAAAAAGAGAUGUGAUACAUUGAAGUUGGAGAAUGAACCUCAAGAGCAGACAGAGAGUGAAUUGGCCUUGGAUGCGGAGUUUGUGGAUGUGUACAAGAACUGCAAUGGUGUGGUCAUGAUGUUUGAUAUUACCAAGCAGUGGACUUAUAAUUAUAUUCUACGGGAGCUGCCUAAGGUACACACUCAUGUACCAGUUUGUGUGCUUGGUAAUUAUCGGGACAUGGGGGAGCACAGAGUUGUUUUGCCUGAUGACAUCCGUGACUUUAUUGAUGGCCUUAACAGACCUCUGGGCUCCUCUUACAUCCAUUAUGCAGAAUCUUCCAUGAAGAAUGGUUUUGGUUUGAAAUAUUUGCACCGAUUUUUCAACAUUCCAUUCUUGCAACUUCAGAGAGAGACCCUGUUACGGCAACUGGAAACCAAUCAGUUGGACAUCGAUGCCACGCUAGAGGAGCUAACUGUUCAGCAAGAGACAGAGGACCAGAACUAUGAUAUUUUUCUAGAAAUGAACAACCCUCAUAGUAAAGGCUACAAUUCUCCCGGCCCCGCAAACGGACAGAGUCCGUCAUCUGGCUUGCCGUCUCCAGUCGUCCCUCAAAGCGGAUGCUCUACCUGCAGCUCCAGCCCCUGUAGUCCCCAGCAGCCUCCAAUUCCCUCCCAGACCCUGAAGUCUCCAUCCCCCUCUCCAUCUCCGCCUCCUCCCCCCCUCUCUGCUCAAGCUCUUGCUACCUCUCCCUCCCCUUCCCCUGCUCACCCUGGCCCUGCGGUCUCCGCUCCAGCCCAGGCUUCCCCCUCUGCUCCUCAACCUCAGAAACGCAGCUUCAUCUCCAGGCUCUUCGGCUCCACUCCAACUAAGGAACCUUCAGCAGUCACUCAGGAGCCAGAUCCGGUAUCUUCAGCGGCUCCUCCUACAGUUCAGAGUGUGGAUGAUUUUGUGCCAGACGAGGGACUGGACAAAAGCUUCCUGGACGACAGUCUUCCUUCUAACACAAGAUCCACUAUGAAUACCCAGCCUUCUGCCUCAGGCAUUGCAGAUAGUGACAGUGAGGGUGAAGGAAAAGACGGGAACCCUAUGGUUGCUGGGUUCCAGGAUGAUUUGGACCCAGAUGAUGCAAUACUUGAACCCAGAGCAUCUGUUCCCUGUAAACACUUGGAUAUCACACUCUCCAGUGAUGAGGAGGGUCCAAAACUUGUGGGAGCCCAGGAUGAAUAUCUGGACAUUGAACCUCACAAAGACAUGUUGGCUAUGGAUUCAUUAUCGAUUGAGGACAAACCAAAACCCACAAACACAGAACACUUGAUCCAGGUCCAAGAAAGUGUCAGCAGUAAAAUGAUAGAAAGUUCAAUGCUUACACCCACUUCAGUACACGCUACUCAACCAUUACAGCCAUCAUCGCAACCAGGAGGCCUGGCAGAGCCCCAAGCACAGCUUGAAAAAAAGAAAGAGGGAUCAGCUCAGGCUGAGUCCUCUGACACAGACCCAGAUGUGCCUGUGGCCAAACAGAUGCUGUCGUUUGUCAUGGAUGACCCUGACUUUGAGAGUGAGGAAGAAAUCAUGAAGAAAGUGAUCAAGGACUCUUUUCCAGCCAAAGACGAUCUUCCUGAUCUGUCAGAUGAUGACAUCACCACAGUGAAGAUUCCUGGGCCCUCAAAACCUACUGUACUCCCCUUCAAAUGCAAGAAUGAUGGUGACCUCUUUGGCCUAGGCAUCGAGGAGAAGUCGAUCAAAAGUAAAGACAGCAGCGACGAGCAAGAUGAAAAAGAAAGCAAGCAUACCAAGGAAAAAAAGAAAAAAAGAAGAGUAAAGAGGACGAGGACACAAGCAGCAAGAAGAAGCACAAACACAAGAAAAAGGAAAGAGAUGAGGCAGGAGGGACUGGAGAUGACAAGGAGAAAAAAAAGAGAAAAUCACGUAGCAAGAAAGCAGAUGAUCUUGAAGCUUUUCUGGCUGGUGAAGAAGGCUCAGUACAAAGAGAAGAGGGCGACUACGAGGAGCUGUAACACUCAGCUGUGCACUGUUUGCUCUGUUAAUGUGCAUUGGUACUGCAAGCUUAAAAGAGCUCUUGUCAAAACCAAGAAAAAUAUGAUUUCCUUGGCACCCCAGUGUAUAACUCUUGUGAUCUGACUGGUUGAAUGAUUUUCUGACAGAUCAAGAAACGCUGCACACUGUUUUUCCAUUAGCUGCAACCGCAACUCAGUUCACCUUACCUGUGGAGGUCGGGAGGGCUAGGGUUGUCUGCACUCCUUGGGCUCAAAUUGCAAUAAGUGGAGAAGCCAUGCAAAACUGAUACAUCUGGCAUGUUAUACCUUUUAAUUUUCAGAUAUCAAUGAAACAUUUUCACUUUACCAUAACCUUGUAUUACUUAAUGUUUACAUGCUCACUUUUAUAUGUUUUCUACAUUUCUGUCAUGUUUGGAAUAUAUUCCAGAAGUGAACCACUACUGCUCCAAGACAAUGUUUUUCAUUGGUUACAUUGGUUUAUUAGUUGCCUUGUGUAUGUGAAUGAAUUGGUAAUUAUGCUCAGUAGAUGUUCUAAGAGCUUGGCUUUGUGUAGUUUUCCUGUGUGUGUAGUGUUUGAAUUGAAUAUACUGUAUUUCAUGGUAAGGUUGUUUGUUUUCCUAAAAUAUAUUUAGAACAAUUUUUUUUUUUUUUUUUUUUUUAGCAAUGUAUCGGUUGUAAAUUUUGGUCAAUUAAUGGAGCAAAUUUAGGCACUUUCUCAAAAUAGGGGUGUAGUUAUGGCAACAGACAUUUCCCUCGUUCAGCUACGCACUCUUUGUAUCAGGAAAUGCCUUAAAGGAGACUAUGCUCAAAAUUCAACACCAGACUUGAAAAUAGAUCAAUUAGGCCAACAAUGAUUGUUGUUUUUUUUUUUUUUUUAAUUAGGAAAUGUACCUACUGUGUCAGUACCUUUUCAGACCAUUAUGGCACAUUAGGCUAGAUCCAUAUUGGCACCCCCAUCAUGGUAUGGCAGAGGCCUCUUCUUUGGCGCCCUCCCAGCAGGUGGCUCCCUAUGUGAACACCUAGUUCGCUUAUGCCUAGAAAAGGCCCUGUAACUGUAAUUAUGCAAAGUUUUAUUUUACUUUUACUACUGUCUGUAAUAAUAGUAUUUUUGAUUAUUUCAUUUCAUCUGUUUUUGCUUGCUUUGUUUUAUGAUAAUGGUAAUUUCAAGAAAGAGCUAUUAUGUAAUAUUUGUCAUUUGAUUUUUGAUUUUUUUUUUUUUUUGCAUAAUUAUUUUUCAAUUAAAUCACGAUUGAUUGAAAUUGCAUUGUUGCUUGAAAUCUGAAUUCAAUACAAAAAUACCACAAAAAAUAUUUUUGGUAAUAGUUUUGCUGUUUUUUAAUAGAACCAGUCCUGUGUCAUUUAUUUUUGGUUAAUUUUAUAUAUUAGCUGCAUGGCAGUUGUACACUAAUAAUUAAAUUCAAUAGGUCAAGACUGCAGUCUUUGAGGAAACGGGCAUUUCAGUUCAUACAAACACAUUAUUAUUAUUAGAUAUGCUUUCUUAAAUCCAAAUUGUAUCGCAUUAUGGGCAUGUUGAAUAGGUGAUCCUUUUGUGCACCACGUUGUGUAUGUAAUAUGUAUAACAUUUUCUUGAUAAAGAAAUGGGGUUUAUUUUAUAAGAUAUUUCUUUCACAGCAAACAAAAUAAAAAUGUAAAAGGUGUUUCUUUAAGGAUUAAACUUUUAAAUGAUAAAAUUCACAUGAAUAAUAUAUGUAAUAAGUAUUUGAAAGCUUCAAUUUAUAUUAAGGAAAUUAAACAGAACUAUUACCCUCUUUAUAAGACAUUUUAAUCCUUGGUGGUAAAUAUUGUACUGUUUUUCUGUGAAACAAACACACACAAAAGCUUUAAAACUGUGAUUUAGAGGGAAAAACAACAAUUAGGGACUGGAUAAUAAUUUUUUUAAGUACAAACACAAUCUUUUACAUUUUAGGACAGCAGAGUUUCUGUCCUGAAUAUUAGUUAUUCAAUUUAAUAUUUGUGGUUAAUGCUUAUCCUCUGUGGAUGGAUGUAAUUAGGAAGUUGUGAAAUACCGUAUAUCUGUCAAGCAUAAAAUCUGAACAAAUGUUGAUUUAAAACUUGAAGAUAUUAUCAUGAUUAUGAUCUUAUAGAUCUUAAUUAUGUCUCUACUGGACAGUUGACAUGAUCAAGAAUUUAAUUUAAUGGUAGAAAUUGGUAGGAUUUGGACUUUGUUGGAUAUGUAACUCUUCACGUGUGUGUGUGUAAUGACCUUACCUGUUAGGAACAGAAGAAAAAAUGCUGUUUUUCAUAUGGCAGAUGGAUGACAGACACUGUUUAUAAGACUUUAAUGGGUUACUGCUCUUACAUGUUGAAGAGGAGGAAACGCACACAGGAAAUAAAUAGCCACAACCAUAAAUAGCAAUUCCUUCUGGAUGACAGACUUAUAUAUUGUAUAU